AAUCCUAUCUAUAUAUCUAUAUACUUAAUUGCUUGUUAACUCUUUUAGAAAUCAAGAAAGCUCUAAAGUAACAAUUAAAAAUAAAAUCAAACAAACUACAACUAUUUGCAAGAAAGAAAAAGGAAUAGGAGCAGAGAAAGCAAAAACACAAAGUACAAAACAGCAAGUUUAAGAAAAUAAAUCCUUUUAUUUAAGAUCAAUCCCUAACAAAAAGAAGUUAUUUUAAAAAUAAACAACAUGUCCAGCUAGGAUCUUGAUCAGAAUAACGAUAGCACUUGCAAGACUAAUGAUUGCGAUCGUAGCCAAAAGCUGAUAGAUGAAACAGAUCUUGAUGACGAUAAAAAUAAAAAUGAGAAAAAAUAUUAAGAUUUAGUUAAAUCCAUAAACUACUUAAAGAAGUUUGAUUGGUUUGAUACAAACAACCCUUAGCUAAAAACGCCUCCAAUAAAGCUUUUAACUCCAGCUGCAUUUUGGUUUAUGGUAUGCGCAGAAUACUUUCCAAGGUCUCUAACUAUAGGUACUAAUGAUCCCGCUUAGACACUAACAGAAUUACUUCAAAAAAUAGAGAGAUAAUAGAUAUUUUAAGUCAUUAGAGUUAAAGAUAAGUCUUAUUAGAAUCUAAAGGGAGAACCAACAGAUGAGCAGUGCCAGGAAUAUAUUUAAAAAAUAAAAUAAGCUAUUAAAAAAUUAAAAUAUGAUAAGCCAUAAGCAAAUAUUAGGAAUAGUGCAGAAUUGAAAGAAGAUUACACUUUCGAAGACGAUUUAUAUAUUUAAAGUGUCCGUAAUGAUUUACUGGAUCUUUAUUCCUUUUACAUUAAUUAGGAAUUGCAAUAAACAAAUCAGCAAAGUUGCUCAUCUUCUGAAUCUACUACAGUUGAGGAAGAUUCUAGGCAUUUAUAUAUCACUAAAGAUGAGAUAAAUGUUAAUGUAUCAUGCAACGAAAAACAAAAUUCUGAAAAUGCAGUUAUGAUUGUAAAAGAAAUAGAUGAAAAUAAUAUUUCUGAAGAAAGCUAGCUUAAAUAAAAAAAUGAAGAACCUUCACAAUCAUAAGAUGAAAUUGAUGAAAAGGAAAAAAAAUGUGAUUUAGAGUAAACUAAUGAAGAUAAUUUGAAUGCAAAAAUAGAAGCCAAUAAUUCUAAUGAAGAAGAAAAAUUAGAUGAAGAAGAAACUAAAAUCACAAAUAAUGAUGAAGAAAUUUCAAUUAGAAAGUAAGACAAGUAAAAUAAGUUAUUAGUAUAAAGAUUAGACAUAUAAAAACCAAAAGAGAGGAAUUUUAACUAAGAAGAAAUCUUGAAAGCCCUAAAGAAAUAAGAUUUAGAUGAAAUUAUUAGCCUUUACUAGUAUCACCUAUUUUAAUAGGAGAAGGAAGUUAAAAAUAUGGUUGAAAAUUUAAAAAAGAACAUGCAAAAAGAUAUUGAAAAUGAAAAACUUAUUUACACUCCUUAAGAAUUAGAUAUGAAUGAUAUUUUGGUUGAUAUUCAUUACUAAAACAGCAUGGAAUAAGAAUACCUUAAUUUCUUAGAGAAUAAACAGCAAUUUAUUGAUUUUGAGAGUGAAAGAUAAAAUUAAAACUAAAAUCAGAAGAAGCAACACACAAAGUAGCAUGAAAAAAUAGUUAUGGAAGACAUGGCUUGCUAAAUUUGCAAUGAUGGAGAUUAUACUGAUGAUGAUCUAAUUGUAUUUUGCUCUAAAUGCAAUAUUUCUGUACAUCAAAGAUGUUAUGGUAUUCCCAAAAUCCCUAAUGAUGACUGGAUUUGUGAACUGUGCUUAAGUUUUGGUCCAGAAGGUAAAUACUUACGCUGUGCUUUAUGCACAAAGAGAGGUGGUGCUAUGAAGCCUAGCAAAAUCCCAAUUACUUCUAAUAUCUUUUAGCAUACAAAUACACAAUAUUACGAAUUUUAAAAAACUUGUAAGGCAGGUCCACCUAAUAAAAAAUAAAGAUAUGAGGAUCCUAAUGAGAAACAAAAUAAGGUUGGGAGUGCUUCUAAGCAUACUUCUCCAGAAAACGAAGAAGUUGAAGAAGAAAGUAAUAGCUAAUAUUAUGACUUCCAUUACUUGAAAGAAUUUACUGAGGAAGAGCUUAAGAAUGAACCUAAGCCAUACUUUGUGUGGUGCCAUAUUACAUGCACUUUAUGGACUCCUGAAUGCUUUUUUGAUGAUAAAAACUAUUAUACAAAUAUAAAAGGAAUAGAGAAUAUAGAUAAGCAGAGAUUCAAAUUGGAAUGCAGUAUCUGUAAGUAGAAGAAAGCAGGAUCUUGUGUUUAAUGUGCAAAGACUAAAUGUAUGGAGGCAUUCCAUCCUGAGUGUGCUCGUAGAGAAAAUAUUUAUAUGGAAAUUAGGAACACAGAUAAGUUAGCAUAUUUAAUUUACUGUGAAAGACAUACCCCACUAAAGUUAAGAAGACUCCUUGAAUAAAAAGAAAAAAAAUAUAAAGAAGAAAUUAUAAAAUUUUGUAGAAGUAUCGAAAGAUCUAGGGAAUUUAGAAAGAAGGAAAGAAACACAAAGAAAGAGCGUGAUAGAUAACUAGAAAAAGAAUAAAAGAAGGCUCCUGCGAAAAAGAAAGUUUUAAUUAGUGCUAAAAAGAUAAGACAACAAAUUACCAAAAAUGAGGAAGAGACAAAUAAAGAGGAAUAAGAAUUUUAGUAAAUGCUCAUUCACAAAAUGAUAGAAUAUAUUGACACCUUAACUCCAGAGGACUUGAAUAGGAUUAACUCUGAGUUUAAUUCAAAAAAAUAAAAUGAAGAAGGUCAAAAUAUUUAGGUUACUUAAAAAUAGAUUGAUAAGGAUGAUAAUAAGCUAAAUGCUAAUGAUCCUAAAUCCGUAAAAAAAAUAAAUUUAUGGAAAAAUAGAGUUUUCAUAAGAAAGGAAGAGCCCUUUUGGAAGGAUAUUUAGUAUAAAUCUCUAUCUACACUUUAAAUUUACAAGAGAUACAAAAGAAUUCAAAGAGAUAAAAAUAAGAAGAAAGAAUUCAAGUAGUUGUACCUUAAAACAGUAAGUGUAGUUAAAAAUAUUAGGAUUGUAACCAAAGAAGAGCGUCUCAAGGAAAAAGAAUAAAAGAAAAUUGAAAAAUAAUAAAAAAGAUAGCAAAAAAUAGCUGAAAUAUUCAUAAAAACAUAAGAAAGAUAAAAAAAGAAAUUAGAAAUUCAGGAAAGGAAAGAGCAAAAAGAAGUUUAGAAGAAAUAAAAAUCUCAGACGGGUUUUGAACUUGCUAAGCAUGCUAUCAGAAGGACUAAUAAAAAGAGAGAUAAAUCUAAUGAUAAGAAACAAUAAAAAAAUUUAAAACAAUAAGAACUCAUUAUUGAGCAAGUUGUUCCUCAUAAUUAUGAGCCUGUUGAUGAAACUUCUGAAUAAGUUUACUGUGUUUGCAGAAGAAAGUAUCAAGAGGGAGAUUAGAUGAUGGAGUGUGAAAAAUGUUAAGAAUGGUAUCAUUUUGAGUGCAUAGGGUUCAAAGGUACAAUUGAUGAAGCUGAUUAAUUAAACUUUGUGUGUAAGUUUUGUGAUCUAAAGGAUGAUGAAAAUCAAAGGUAAAAGCGUAGAUAGAUUUACAAAGACUACUUUAUAAAUAUAGACACUCCUAAUUAUGAUGAUUUCAAAGAUGCUUUCAAUAAAAAGUAAAAUUAAGAGUAGUAGUAAUAAUAAGAAGAAGUCUAAUUAGAAACCAAAGAAAAAGAAAAUGAUUCUUCAAGAAUGAAGAGUGAUUCAAAAUCCUCUAAAAAAUAAUAAAAAAAAUAAACUUAAAAUAAAAAGAGAUCUUCAAGCACUAAGUUAUAAGAUAUAGAAGAAUAAACUACAACUUCUAAGAAGACUAAAAAAUCUAAAGAUAGUAAAACAAAUAGCUCUUCAUCUAAGAUUUCUGAAGUUAAGGCUAAGUUAGAUUAUGCUAACUACAGUGAUGCCAAAGAAGAAAUAUUUGAAGAAGAUGAAGAUGACAAUGAAUAAAAAGAAGAAAUUUAACAUCAAGAAGAUCAUAUGCACUUAGAAGAACUUUCAAAAUAAGAUGAAUAGGAAAAUAAUAUUAAUAAUCUAAAAUCUAAAUAACUUGACUGUAAUUAAAUAGAAAAAACUUUAAAUGAAUAAAUCAAGUUUGAAACUUUACAAGAAAGCUAAUGUAUUGAUAAACUAAUUGAAAAUAAAAAUUAAGAUAAAUGCGAGAUUGAAUAAAAUUAGAAGUAAUAAAUUUAAACAAAAACAGAGCAUACUGAUACCUAAAUGUUUGAUAACUAAGAUAUGAGUGAUAAUUCAGCUUUAAUUGAUAAAAAAAUAACAAAAAGUAAUGAUUAAUCACACAUGAAAAUUGAAAAAGAAGAAACAGAAACAAAAAAUGAUGAAAUUAAAACAGAAAAUUAGGAAGAAAAUGAAUCAGUAAAAUAAUAAGAUAUUAAAAAAGAAAAGUAAGAAGAUAUAAAAAAUGAACAAAAUGAAAUUAUAAAUACAGAAGAAAAAUAGGAGGAGGAAGAUGGAUAAACCAAAAUUAAUUUAUUGCAAGAAUAUCAAUACAACAAAAAAUCUGAUAGUUUAAAAAUAGAAUCAUAGUAGAGUAAUAAUUCAUAAAAUUAAGUAAAUGAAAAUUGUUUAAGUAAAUAAAGCUCAAAUUAAAACCAAUAAAAUGUGUGCAAUAUAGCAAAUUUAGACUAGUUUAAGUUUAAGCAAAAAAGCAUAAAAGAUUUUUUCAAAAAGAAGUGA